AUGAUAAAAUUUAUGUACGUGUUUGUGUUGUUAGCCGUUAGUUGUUUAGCUAUCCCGGUUGAGGAACAUCCCAAACUAUCACGGCCCUCACCUAUUAAUCCAGAUGUGACCAGUGACCCGAAACCAGCCGAAGUAAAGGAAGUUUUAUCUUCCUCUUCCACCGUGGAAAGCCAUAUCCAAAAAGUCCCUGCAGCCGGGGUCAAGCUUAGCGUUGAAGUAGCGAAAAAUGAGGAAACCUCAUCAACGAGCAGCAGAAGCAGCAGCACCAGCUUGACCACAGGACAGUCAACGAAGAACAAUCCGAAACGAUCGGUUGACUCUGAUUCUAACGCCUCUUCGAAGCCUCCGGCUUUCCGUCGCAAUCAGCCAUCCACUACGACUGAGCAGCCCAGUAGCACCACCGCAAGCAGUACCACUUCUAGCCCAGUCUCGGUGAAAACCCCCGUAGGUACGACGCGUUCUAAGCGUGAGGUAGACAUCACUGCCGCUACAGCCAGCAGUGCGGGUACUAAUCCAACAAAACGAGCCACCACGGUCGCCCCAACCAGUAAUAACGAUGACAAAGAAGGACCCCACUUUGUACGACCAGUUCCAGUUGAUCAGAUAUUGAAAAAUCUUAACCAACAAGAAAGGGGAACCGGUGCGGCCACUUCUGAACAGCACAACAAAGCAGAAAAGUCUAAGGACGCAAAGGAAUCCGAUGAAUCUUCCGAAGAAGACCCGCCGAAGGAAGAAGGAACCGAGCAAAAGGCACACCAACAGACACAUCCCGUAAUCCGGCAGCAGGGUGCCUAGUGCGUAGGCUGAAGUGCAACAUCCUUAUUUAACUCUUUUGUUCUGUUUAUGUUUUAUGC